AUGGAAUCUGAACAUAAAGACAGUACUGUGGCGGCUACUGCUAGUCAGACUAGAAGGAAGAGUUCUCAAAAGGAGAAAGGACUGUCAGGUCGAAAGGUGUCCGUGAACCGACCUGCUAAAGAGCACACAUUCCUCACAGAUGUGGCCGAUGUUCGCACCAUGGAGCAUGGGCUCCUCCAGCUGCUGGAUGACUUCCAUUCUGGCAAACUUCAAGCUUUUGGGAACACUGCCACAUUUAACAAAAUGGACAGCAUUCGAGUGCAGCAAGAACAGUUGGCUAGGCAGCAUUUUGAAAUGGACCUUAUAUCAAAACCUAACGCUAACAGGUUAAGCACAGAAGAAUCUCACAAGGAAAAUAAUGAGAAAAUUGAUAAACUCAUCGAACAGCUUCACAAUUUAAGUGUAUCAGUACAAACUUUGCAGACUGAGAUGUCCAAGACAAACAUUGGCAAAGAUGAUGAAUAA